AUGGAACCCAAAAAGCAGAGGAAUAACUUAAAAACCAAGACGCGGAUGAGGAUGGAAUAUUUGUAUCCGAUUAUAGACCCCAACAAGAAGAGGAAGAAGCAGGACAUGGAGGGCGAUGAAAACCAGGACAAGAAGACCAAGAAAGACACGGAGGACCACGAGAAGCAGUACAAGAACACGAAGAAGGACACAGACGACCACGAGAAGCAGGACAGGAAGACGAAGAAGGGCACGGAGGACCACAAGAACCAAGACAAGAAGAGGAAGAAGGACACGAAGGAUCACGAGAAGCAGGAAGAGAAAAGCAAGGACAAGGAACAUCACGAGAACCAACACAAAAACACCAAGGGAGAAGGCAGGAAAAAACCGAAGGAAAGGGUGGAAUAUGGAGAUAAUGAAGACUACGAGGAACAGGCCAAAAAGAGCAGCACGGAGAAACGUGAGAGCCAGGCCAAGAAGAGGAAGGGUAAGAGUAUUGAAGACCAUGAUAGCCAGGCCAAGAAGAGAAAGGGGCAGGGCAAAGAGGACCAUGACACCCAGGUCACGAAGAAGUUGCACGACAAGGAGGAACAUGACAGUCAGGCCAAGAAAAGAAAGAGGCAGGACAAGGAGGAAGAUGACACCCAGGCCAAGAAAGUGAAGAGGCAGGAAAAGGAGAAACUUGACACACAGGCCAAGAAAAAGGAAGAGGCAGGACAAGGAGGAACAUGA